AUGAUUAAGGGCCCUUGGAAACUAAUUGAUUUAGAGAAUGGAUUCUUUAUUGUGAGAUUUGUGCUUGAAGAGGAUAUGAAAGCUAUACUGUGCGGUGGCCCUUGGGUUAUUGCUGGCCAAUACCUGGUUAUGCAGCGCUGGAAGCCUGGGUUUGAUCCCCUUGUGGAGCAAGUGACAAGGAUGACCGUUUGGGUCCGGAUUAUUGGUCUCCACGUUGAAUGGUUCCGCCCUAAAGCCAUGCUACGCAUUGGAGAUUUACUGGGCACCACAUUCAAGGUUGACUCCAUUACUGUUGCCCAGGUCCGAGGGAAAUAUGCCCGAGUGUGUGUGGAGAUUGAUCUUACCCAACCCCUACAAGCCUUCGUGCAGGUGGAGGAUAACUGGUAUGGUUUGGAAUAUGAAGGCAUCCACUUGGUGUGCUUUGCCUGUGGGUGCUAUGGCCACAACAGAAACGUUUGCCCCUCAGUGAUUAAAAAACCGCAUACUGAGAAUGUUCAGAAUACCACCCAACCCAUGGAUGAAGGGACACCGAGCGCCUUUCCCCUCCCUGUCAAUAAGGCCAGCACUGAUGCCAUGCCUCAGGAUGACCCCCACGAGUCUUCAGGUACUUUAAUAGGACCUUGGAGCCUGGUCCAGAAUAGGAAGGGUAAAAAGCCCUUUAAGGCAAAUGCUGACCUGAAGGCCAAGAUGCUUGCCCCCAAGCUUAAGGAGCCUAAUGUUGACCGUGGUGCUUCCCCUGCUGGAUCAAGAUUUGAAGCCUUGGAUAAUGAUAAAAACAGAGUUGAUUCUCAUGCUGCUAUUGGGAAUGUUGUUGUUGAGGAGGUGUCCCAAAUACAAACUGAGACAAAUGCUGGGCCUGCUAAACCUUCCAAGGCUAAGGGUCGGUCUAAGUUGAAAGGUAAAGCUCGCCAAGCCCUAGGAGAUAUCUCAAACGAUGGUGUUGUUGAUAAGCCCCAGAUGGGUAUUGAAAAUAAUAUAUCUUGUGCCUCCACUACCAAAGUUGGCCCCGAGUCCCGUUCUGAACCUAAAAGGAAACUUAAAGGUGCCGCGGCUGGUAAAUCUUCGGGCUUCCAAGUUAGAAGUAUUGACUUCCAUGAAGCCACCCUGGGAGACGUUGUGGCAAGCUUGAAAUCUAAGCUCCCCAACGCUGGUAAAUCUCCGCCUCCUAUUUUAGCUGGGGUUGAGUCGCCUGAUCCUGGUCCGACUGAAGAUAAGUUGGAGGAUAUCCCAGGAGAUAAGAUGGAUGAUGACCAUGGAGAAAACUCUGCCCCUCAGAUUACUAUUAAUUUGGAUGCUGCUAGACUGAAAAAAGCUAUGCUAGAUGUUAAGAAUGGAGUUGUUGGUGCUGCUUCUACUUUGGUAGAAGUGCUGAACGCUUCCAGUCAGUGA